UUUCUUCUUAAGGACCUAUUUAAAGGACUGACACAAGGCUUCAUGGGCAGAACUACUGCAGUGCAGCCGAUGCACUUGAUGUCACUGUAGCUAAUUGCUUACUUCAGACUUAAGCGUGGAUCACGGCACUAACAGUUAAAUUAUGCCAUUUAACUCCUUCCUUCCUUAGAAGUAGAUCAUGUCAGCCAAAUAAAUCUAAUUCAUGGUGACAAUUUACUUUUCUAUUAUACAUAGUGCAUUAUUUGAAAGGUAAUCCACAUUUUUCCUAAUUUUUUAGAAAACUGGAAGGUGUCAGAAAUGCAUGUCGUAUCUAAUAGGAUAAGUCUAAUUUCCUCAGAUGAUUUAGAAGUUGCUAAUGGUCAGUGCAAAUACAUUUCUUUCCUUAUUUGACGUUAUUAGUUUUUAACAGUGCAGCAACCCACCAGCCUACUUGGCAAAAGCAUUAGAAUGUUUUUAGAUUAUAAAUAUAAUAUUGGAGCCCAAAAGAAAAUCAAGAGGAAAGAGAAUUAACCGGAAAGGGCAAAGCUUCCAUAAUUAUAUUAUAUUAUAUUUCACAUCAUUCUGGUCCUUUUGAUAACUCUGGUAUCUCCCUCCUUGAUAACAAUAAUGCCAAGAUAGUGCAGUGGCAUUAUCGGUUGCCAUGUGAAUGACCUGUUCCUUGUUUUCUACUUUGCUAUGAUAGUUCAUAUUAAGAAGGCAUAGACAGUACUAUUGGCCAUAACAGGGUACAAUAUCACUGACUUUUUAUGAAAUAUUAGGUUGUGGAAGUAUGCACAUGCAAUUACUUUAUUUGGAAAGGCAAUGUGCAUAGGACCAAAAUAAACCCUGCACAGAAGACAUCAUGACAAAUACCACUGCCAUGUUUAAUUAUACUUUUGAAGAAAAACCAAACAGAUGCUACUUCUGACUCAAUGAACCGAAGAGAUUUUUACUUUGCUGGAUUCCUAAGUUGUUUGUACCUACAGUUUGAGUCAAUUGAAAAAGAAAGCACUAAUCCUUUACUUUUACAUUAGACACUUGUGUUAAAGUUACUGUUUUUAUUUUGGACAACUGAUUAUUUAAAAAAAAAUUGUUCUUCGACAGUUCUUUGGUAAUGGAAAUGGUUAUAUUCGUACUCCUGUCACAACUGUCCUGUGGUUUCUGCCUUUGGGUUAGCCUUUUCAGGUUUCUUUGCAAUCAAAUUAAAUGCUUUUUUUUAUAAUUAUAAUUAUUAUUAUUAACAUUAUGUUAUGUAUUAUACUAUUUUCCACAAAGAUUCUGAUACUGAGUACACUGGGAAUGGUAUGAGUUUAUUGGACAUGUGAUUUUGCACAAUGAUCCCUAAAUGUACUUUGACCUAAAUUGACUAAUAAGCUUUUCUUGGUGAACAAGAAAAGCCCAAAAGAUGUAUACCUAUGAUGCUUUUAUCAAUGUUACAUACUUUUCAAAGAAAAAAAUUGUUUCUCUGUCGUCCUGUGUACUGUUUGUGUUACCUGAAAACGGCCAUGUGUUUGAUUAGUGUUUUGUAUUGCCUUUACAUUAAAUGGGGGAGACAUUAAACGUUUGUGUUUAAGGAAUUUUAAUAGCAGGCGGUGGCCGCUAGAUGGCGCCAGCACUCCUUUCUCUUAACUUGUCCGCCAACAUUCAACAGAAUUUAUUUUUAAAGUAUAAAAGAAAUAUUGCAAACUGUUAAAAUCAGUAUGAGUAGAGAUUCAGGUUGAAGACAAUAUUUCACGUGCACUUAACAGGCUUUUAAUUAGUUAUUAUCAUGACUGGGUCCAGGGUUCACUGGACUGUCACAGGAUUCAUACUUCCACGCAUUCGGUUUCGUUUAACUUGAUUUGCAAAGAAAUAGAAAGUGAAAGUUAAGUGAGUAGUUAAACUACUCUACACUACUCGACUCUACUCGACUCUACACUACUAACUAUUCGCGAGCGGUUUUCUGAUAUCAUAAGAGAAGCCUUCCUUCAGACAAAAGAUGCUUGAGGAGGAACUUAAGAAACUGGAGUGCCACUUCACUUGGGACUUACAGAAGGAGGAUGCUGAUCUUAAUUACCUGGAGAUCAAAUUCACUGAGAGUCUGUCGGUCCAGACUGAUCAUGUAGGGAAUAUCAGACAGAGAGAGUUAAAUUUUUGUGCUUACGUCUAUCACUUGCAGGGCUUCAGUGACAAGGCACGCGAGUGUUUGGAAAAAGCAAAGGAAGAGCAAAAUGAUAAUUCCCACAAUAUAGUCACGUAUGGAAAUUUAGCCUGGUUGCACCAUCACAUGGCUGAUGAUACCAUGGCCAAAGUAUAUUUGGAGAAAUUGGCACAAAUCUCCGGAGCAUUCCCUACUCCAGCAGAAAACUUGCUCCGUGAGGUCCUGAGUGAAAAGGCGUGGUCUUUUCUGCGUUUCUCCAAAAAGCACUAUAUCAAGGCAAAAGAGAUCUUUCAUGAGGCUCUACAGAAAGAACCAGAAGACAAAGAGUGGAACACUGGCUAUGCCUUCGCUCUGUUUCACCUGGAGGGCUUGGAGAUCAGGGAGGACAAGCGCAUACCUUUUGAAGAGUCGCCUGCAGUGAACCAGCUAAAGAGAGCCCUAACACUGGAUCCAGACAAUGCCAUGAUCCACGUCUUCAUGGGCCUCAAGUGCUACAAGAACAAGAGAAAUGCAGAGGCAUGGGGGCACAUGAAGCAAGCACUAGACAUGGCUCCAUAUGACUUGAGUGUUGUCCUGAGUGUUGCUAAAUUCAUGAAGAAGGAGGAGUGCUAUGACAUGGCACUGGGGGUGCUGAAGAAAAUGUUGGAGAAAGCCCCGGACUCCUCACGUUUGCACCAUGAAAUUGCCAAUGAUUACCGCUGGAAAGCUAUGCAGUUGAGAGACAUGCACAACCCAAAGCUCCUAAGCCUUUGCAUACACCAUUUAGAAGAGGGAGCCCGCCUAAAUCCAGAUUUCAUCUACCCGCAGAUUGAGUUAGCACACAGAUAUGCUGAAGUUGGGAACUACACUAAAGCAAAGCAAAAGUUCCAAGAGUUGUUUGCACGGCCGAACCUGCAGCCAGCAGAUCUCCAGGCUUGGCAUCGCAUCUAUGGAGACUUCAAUAUGUACCGUCUGGGCUCAGAGGCAACAGCAGUUAAGCAUUACAAAGAGGGCAUGGCACUGCAAAAAGUAUCCACUGAAUGGAAGAUCUGCAAAAAUAGACUCCACAAAGUCCUUCGCAAUACUAGAAAUGAUGUGUACCAGAUUCGAGAGUUCAUGCACUCUUUAAGAGAAAAUACUGCACGUAAUGAGAAUUAGAUUUGUGUAACUUUUGGUGUAACUUGUUAUCAAAUUGCUUAGAAUUUUCAAUAAUCAUGAUUAAUGUCAAGUAUAUUUCUACAAGAGCACUGCUUAACAUAUGAUCAUAACAAGAGCUGUUGCAUGAUUUCAAGAAAUGUUAUUAAGACACAGGGCUCUGUAACUUUGUGGAGGGAUUUUGCUGUAAUGUUUUGUCCCUUUAGAGAAAAGUGUCACUGAAAAUUAGUACAAAGUUAUUCUGACUGAUUGCCUUUACCCUAUCAUGAAAGAUUUCUAUUCUGAUUGGAGUGUUCCCUUCCAGCACCAAAAUCCCCUGGACUCACUGAAUGGUUUGAUGAACAUGACCAUCAAAGCCUUUCCCAAGUGCAUAUCAGCUCAACUGAACACCUACUGUGUGGGAGAUUUUAGACUGACACUCUCCACCACUGUCAUCAAAACAUUCUUCUUUUGGAAGAAUGGUGUUCAUCCCACCACUACAGUUCUAGAGACUUGUAGAAUCUGUGCCAAGGUGCAUUGAAGCUGUUCUGGUGGCUCAUGGUGGCGCUAAAUGUUAAUAAGUCAUGCUAUGUUGGUUUUUUCCUAUAUAUGUACGUAUGUUGGUCUUCUGUUUUCUCUUAAAUAUUGCACGAGCAUAGAUGUAAAGAUCUUUCUCAUUGUUCUAAAUGUCACGUUAUUCACUGUAUCUAAACAAUGAGCCAGUAGAACAGCCAUUUUAUAAUUGAAGCUCACGACAUCCACUCGCUAAUAAUCACUACUUAACAGCCACUUCGAUCUUUUCUUCUUGCCAUCAUGACCCAAAAUUGAGGGCAGCUGGGCUUCACAGUAUUUUAUACAUGCCAUAGGUGGCAUAGGUGGUUGUUAACUGUGUUAAAUGUUAUCACGAAAUACACCUGCCUGGAAGCAUCACUCAUUUUAAAAUUUAUUUAUAUAGUUCUUUCCUUUAAUUAUAUGUAUAUGUACUUACAGUAUUUGCAUUUUAGUGUAAUAUUUAACUAUCUAAACCUUUGCACAGCGUUGUUAAAAGGAAGACUAUUUGGUAACACCAAGUUACCUGAAGGACAUGGAUAAACCACACAUUAUUCUUCACUUAACUUGCUGUAAUGUGUGUGUGUGUGUGUGUGUGUAUGCCAAUCAAUUUCUCACUCUCUGACUUCAGCAUUACUGAAACUGCUAAUUAGGCCAAUUAUUUUCUGCUGCUUAAAUAAAUAAAUAA